AUGGACAAAGACUUUGAUUUCAUGAGCCUCACGCCUGAGCAGAUCCGAGAUCUCGCAAAACCGACGAAGCAAUAUGCAGAACUGCGGAAAGACUUCGACUUUGACCUGGACUGGGACGACGAUGGCGAAGCUCUCUACACCCUUCGCCAGUUUGUCGCUCUCCAGGAGAGAGCGGACGUAAAGGAUGCGGACGUUCUGGAGGAGUUUCAUCAUGCGCCUGCGGAGGAUGGAUUCAAGUUGCCACUGCGAGUCUAUCUCCCUGCAAAACCUACUGCCCUGCAAUCCGGAUGCCCGUUGGUCGUGCUCUUCUAUGGCGGCGGAUUUGUUCUGGGAAGUCCGGUGAUGAUGGCGAAGCUUUCACGCUCUCUUGUGAAGCGGUUCAACGCAGUCGUGGUGACGCCCACGUACAGACUAGCCCCAGAGCACCCUUUUCCCACAGGCAUCGCAGAUGGACGCGACGCUGUGGAAUGGGUGGCAGAGCACGCAGCUACAACACUUCAUGCUGACCCCACCCAAGGCUUCGUAGUAGGUGGCAUCUCCGCAGGCGGCAAUAUCACGAACGUGGUUACCCAUCUGGCACGAGACAGCGGACUACAACCUCCAAUCACUGGCAACUGGCUGAGUGCACCAGCUGUUCGUCUGGCGCCGAAGCUUGCGGACAUGCUGCCUCAGAAGUAUCAUGAACGACUUCUCAGCCAAGGACAGGAGAAAGAGAUCAACUCGCCAACGCUUCCACCAGGCAUGCGCGCUUUGAUCGAACGAUCAUACAAACGCGACCCAAACUCCAAGCUCUCCUCGCCUAUGAUCUGGCCUUCAGGGGCUGAUAUGGGAGAGUUCGGUCACAAAGGGAUGCCACGGACCUACUCGCAAGUCUGCGGUGCGGACACAGGACGAGAUGAGCUGCUGGUUUACAACGAAAUGCUGAAAGCUGAAGGCAUACCGACACGACUCGACGUCUAUCCUGGUCUGCCUCAUGCCUUCUGGCACAACUUCAAGCAGCUGCCGGAGACGAAGAAGUGGGAGCAGGAUACGCUUGAUGGGUUCGCAUGGCUGUUGGAGAGAUGA